AAUAAAGAUUUUUAUUGAAGUCUACAUGUCGAAUUGAUCUAAUCGAUUGAAAAGCCUUCACACCUCUGUUCAUUCAGUAUGUCUGCUGUACAGUGAUUAACGUGGUAGUGAUUAUAGUUUUUAAACCCCAUUAAUUUUCCUACGACAAUGCCUUACAAACGUAAAAAACAACACAGGGGAGAUUUGCAUUUAAAGAAGGGUUGGCGAACGAAAAGAAGAACGAAGGAUUUAGACGAGAUUGAUGAGGACUUGAAGGACAAAAAUAUAAAAAAUUUAUUAAAUCAAGAAGUAGAUCUCGAUAAACCCGGAGCGGGUCAACAUUACUGUGUUCACUGCGCGAGACACUUUAUAAAUAAUACUGCUUUGUUAGAUCAUUUUACAACCAAAGUUCAUAAAAGAAGAUUAAAAGCUCUUGAAUCAGAGCCUUAUUCUAUAGAAGAGUCAGAAAGAGCUGCUGGGAAGGGAAAUUAUAUUGCUCCCAAAAAACGUAAAAUUGAUACUGUAACUCGUGAUAGUUUUAAAAUGGAUACAGAAUCGGAUGUUGUUCCACAAACUAAAUUAACAAAACUUGAUGCAUAGAAGUAACUUCGUAUGUAAAGUGAUAUUGAUAUUCAUUCAAGAAUUUGUUUGUUUUUAUAAAUAAGGUUGUCUGUUUGCUUUGUCUUAUACCCAUAAUGGCAAACAUUAUUCCAUAUAUUGCACGGAUGUGUACGGUACCUAAUAUUUGCAAGUAUAGAA